UUUUCUAAACUGGCAAGCACGUACCAUCUCAUCGAGCCAGAAGCAUCCACCUGCACUGUAAACAAGUACGGUGCCGUACAUACUGUACGAGAUCGAGACCGCAGAGUACUAGCGGCGCGGACUCGGGGCUAUUCUAUCUGAGUAUCGCGUUUUGUUUGUGUCUGCACAAAGCUUGGAGUUGGAAGAAAUCUGAGGAAGAAAUAUGACAGAUCUUCGUGAAUAUGUUGCAUAGAAAUUAGUAAUUUUUGGAUUUAUUCCACGUUCCUGUAAUUGUUUGAAUGUAUGUAGCUUAAUUAGCUAUCUCUUUCCACCGAUUUUUUAAGAGAAAGGAAUUAAUAAUGUCUGAAGCCGGGUCUUCGAAAUGUUUGUCGUCACUGAGGGACGUGCAGUUGGUGAUAGAGAGCCGGAUCACGUACUUGAAUGGGCUCCGCAAGAUGGAUCAAAACAGCGCUUACACAAAAAAUGAAAUGCGAACUGUCAAAGAUCGUCUUUUUCACCUGUUUGGCCGUCAGCUGGCUAGCAAGCAUGGGAUGGACACUGGCUCAGGGUGCAGUGAGCUCAACAGGUACCCUGACUUCAGGCAGUGGCUUCAUGUGGUUGAUGUUCAACCUCCUGCUGUAGAGAUGCUGAUAGAGCGAGUCCAUAACCUUAGCCAGCUGAUCAAGCUAAGUGAAUCUGAGAUCAGAACCAUCAUGAAGAUUUGUGCCUGUGAGGAGAAAGAGAUCACCAGGUUCCUCGAUGCAGUCAAGAGCUUGAAGAAGGCUUACAUAGCCAACUACCCUUCAAAGGAUCGUAACACGGAGGAUGGUGCCAAGAGCCCUGAUACAGUCAGCAUGGGCAACUCCAUAGAGACGGUUGGUGACCAUGCCCGGUCUCGCUCUAACUCGCCCUCUGUCAGCAGCAGUCCUGAGCAGAAACGCCCCUCCAUCGACUCCCUCAACUCAGAUCUCUCAGAAGUGCCCUCAGUGCCCAUCACGCCGCCUCCGUUCGACAGUCACAUCUUCAAACUGCCUGUGCCUACCCCGCCCCACACGCCCACCUUCAACAAGAGGGGUAAAAGCAGGGGGACGCCGCCCCCGACCAAGAAAAUCAACCCCUACCAUCUACCCCUACCAUCACCUUCAAAUUGGAGCUCUGUUGAUCAUCUGAAUACUACGAGGUCUGGCUUGGGCUUUGAUUCAGCAACGUUGGGUAGGACGCAAGGCAGGAGUCGAGACCCACGUGACAGACGGUACUCUGACGACAACGCGAUGCGGUUAUCAUCACCCAGUAGAUCAGAAGAGAGGCUAACGGACAUAGGCUUGCCACCCAAACAACCCACAAAACUUGUUCCACCCAAGUCCCCAAGAACACAAACUCGAAGUAACAUGAUCCACGCAAUAAAACACAGAUGGUCAUUACGCCCUCAUAGGUUCAGUAAGAAGACAUCAAUGCGGCCUCAGACCUGUGACUACUGCCAUGAGAAGAUCGUUUUCUUGCAACACUACAAGUGCAAAGACUGCAAGUACGUCUGCCAUAGCAAUUGUAAAUUCCAUGCAGAGAAGGUCCCUUCGUGCGGGUUGCCGAGAAAGUACGAAGAAAUCUUCAAAAGCACGAUAGAACAUGAUCGCACCUCAUCUCCCAUUAUGAGUCACAAACAAGCUCGCUCAGAAACACAGACUGCUGUCAAUGUCGCAUCAUCGACGGGUGACUCCAGUUCAAAUCCCUCAUCCACCACCUCAUCGACACCAUCAAGUCCUGCCCCAUUCACCUCAACAUCAGGCAUUCCUCCUCCCAGUCCUGCCCAACCCUCGCCAUCACCGCUCAUGACGGUACCUCAAUUCAAAUUCCCACCAGAUGUCAGUGAUGACUUCUUAGACAAUAAUGAGAAUGUAACAUCGACCAGUAGUGAUCGGACGAUAACUAUAGAUUCACAUGAUACCCAUGAUCCUUUCACAGAUUCAGAGAAAACACUCCCGGAGCAGACUGAUCCUACAGACGAGAUCUCUGAUCCCGACACGUACCUAGUAGCAACUCGGAAAAAUAGUCAAAAACUUUUAUCAGAAUGGGACAUUCCUUUUGAGCAGCUUGAGAUACAAGACUUAAUAGGAACAGGCAGAUUUGGGGAAGUACAUAAGGGUAAAUGGCAUGGGGACGUUGCAAUCAAAAUGAUGGACAUCGAUACUGAUGAUGAGAUGCAAUUACAAGCUUUCAAGAGAGAGGUGUCCUUCUUCAGGAAAACUAGGCAUGAAUUUGUUGUUCUAUUUAUGGGAGCCUGUAUGAGGCCACCUCAUCUAGCUAUUGUUACAAGUCUUUGCAAAGGACAGACGUUAUACACUCAUAUACACCUCAGGAAAGACCGCUUCAACAUCAAUAGGACAAUACAAAUAGCUAAACAAAUAACGGAGGGUAUGGGCUACUUACAUCACAAGAAGAUAGUGCAUAAAGACCUCAAGUCCAAGAAUAUCUUUAUCGAGAAAGACAAGGUUGUGAUCACAGACUUUGCUCUCUUCAGUAUAGGCAGGCUGUCCAAACAGAAAACGAGGACAGAUACUUUAGUAAUUCCAGAUGGAUGGUUAUGUUACUUGGCUCCUGAACUCAUUACAUCACUCAGGAUCAACACUGAUAGAAACCAAGAUAUGGAACUACCUUUCUCAGAGAAAUCUGAUGUCUAUGCCUUUGGGACAAUAUGGUAUGAACUGUUAGGAGGAGAAUGGCCUUUCCACAAACAGCCAGUAGAGACGGUCAUAUGGCAAGUUGGCAAAGGCUUGAAACAACCACUCAAUCACCUACAAGCUUCCAGGGAUGUUAAGGAGAUCCUAAUGUUGUGUUGGUCAUAUGCGCCAGAAAGCCGCCCCAUCUUCCCACAAAUAAGGAAAACCAUUCUGAGACUACCAAAGAAGAAAGGUCUACACCGAAGCCCCUCCCACCCGCUCCACCUAUCCCGCUCAGCUGAAUCAGUCUUAUGAUGAACAGGAAAUCGCCAUAAUUACUGGCGGAAUACUGACAUUGCGGCAAUGGCAAGAGAGAGACUUGUCUUAUUGUUCAGUCUGUUGUACAAUAAAAGCCACCUGCAUGACUAGAAGGUUUAGGGUAGGUGGCAUCUAUGGCUUCAUGGGAUAUCUAUGAAGUCUCUAAAGACCUUUGUUCAUCUUGUAGGAGCUGAUCAAAGUGUUUCAGUGAAGACGGCGACCUUGGCAAUCUUAGAAGACAACCCAGGGAAUCUGAUGAAAUAAAUCAAGAGAAAUGCCACAUCCCAUGGAUCAAGGACAAUCCUCAAAGAAAUAGCCUUCUCAUUCUUCAUUGGAAACUCAAGUGCUGAAUCUUGACUAUUCUGUUCUGUCCUUCCACUCCAGACUAUUGCUUUGGGAUGUAUUCUAAACAGACACCCAACAUGAGCAUGCUACUCCCAUCUAGAGACCUAUUUUUUAUCGGUUAAAUGCCAAUGUGGUUAGUUUAAAGACUGUAGUAAGUCUUGAAAGCACAAUCCUUGCCAUUCGUCUUGCUCGGCUGCUUCAGUUUCGGUAGCCAUCAUUGUUGGUGGCUCAAGAAGAACGUCUGCAGCCAGUGAAGUUUGGUAAAGAUAAAUAAUGCUGGGUCUUCAUGUUAACUAUGUUUACUUCAGACACCUGAGAGGAUUCUUCUAAAUAGUUUGGUGCAACUCAUUUUAAAAUUUAAUAAUCACAUGAUAAAAUGUCAAAUUGAAAGAAAAAAUAAGGUAACUGACCUUUCUCAUUUAACAAGUCAGUCUUGUUUGCAUGUCUAUUUAUUAAAAAUUUGCAUAGAUGUCAUGCCUGAUCACAAGUUAUCCACGUAGCAUAAAAUUGUCUUAAUACUGUGAAAUUCCGAAAUCAAGAAAUUGGCAUGUACUUUGCGAAACUCUGAACCUUUAUCUUUCAACUGCCGAGGAAAUAUUUAAAUACCAGUCAAGACAUUCCAGGAGUACACUCUCCUAAUCCCUCAGGAUUUUGAGAAGUUUGAAUUUGAUUUUUUUUACAAGUUAACAUAGCCCCACAGACUGGCUUUUAGAAUGGUGUCAUUAUUGUGGGUUUAUCUGUAUCAAAACGAGUUGCAUCUUGCAUAUUGUGUUCAGUCAUUGACAUUAUUUUCUGAGAUUUUAGGUGAGAAUCCAACUAAAAUUUGUAUGAUUGCCGACAAAAGUGUAAACUUUUUUCUUUGUAAGGGAAGUCAGGCAAUAUAAUUGAAGUCGCUAUCUUCUUUGUGUCUUUGUCAGCGCUCAUAAAUUGCUAGUUGAUAUACACUGUACAUUGAAAAGAUUAUUAUGAUAAAGAUGAAAUACUUUGCUUCUUAAAGAAAUACAACUUUGACAAAUAUCAAUUUCACUUCUGUGCUGGUGGAUAAUUUGGUAUUGUACCCUUAAGGCUAUUUUAUUACCCAUCUUUGUAAAGGUUUUGUUUUUUGCACUAUUUACAAGUGUGAAUCCGGCAAUCAUCAAUGUAUAUCUGUUCAAAAAGUGGACUUAAAAAAAACAUCUUUUAACAAGAAAAGUGUCUUUUAUGUACAUGGAAUAUUGAUAAGGUUUACUGUUGAUUUCAUUUUGAAUAUUUUGCAUAUUUUUAUUGUUAGUCAGUUUACCAUGUUGUUCCAUGUAUUGUGUUUCUUGCUUUUUUUUCUUUUUUUUGAAAAAUACUGACUCAUUCCUUUCUGUCUAUUUCUUGAGAGUUAUACCAGCUGGCCUGGCAUUGAGAUAUUUUAUCAUCAAUAUGAAAUUUUAUUACAUAUUUAAUUGUAUUAUGUUGCUAUUAUUUGACUGACGUUUUGUCAUUUUAUGUGGGUAAACUAUUUUCAUAGUCUUUUAAUAUUGCAUCAAUAUUUUUCUAUUUUCAUUCUCUCCCCUCUCUUCUGUCUCUCAUCUAUCAUUCAAAGUAGAUUUGGAUUACUGAAGUAUAUUUGUUUGGUAUUUUUUGUGGAGCUGUGUGACCACCCCCCUCCCCCCCCCCCCCCCAUAACCUUUUGGUAGACCAAAUAAUGAAAAUCUAGUUUACUUUAACUUUUAAUAGAUAAUUGUGUUCUAUCAAUGAAACGAUUUGUAGAGGUCCUAGUAUCCAGAUUUAUAAACAUUCAAAAAAUAUGAUACAUGUAUUGUUCUUUGAAUUGAAUGAAUAGACAUAGUAUCUUUUUUUCUUUUUUACUUAAAAAUACAAGCUGUAUUUAACUCAUUGUUCCUGUUGUAUGUCUGUCUGUUAUACAAUACAGGGCAGAAUUUCAUUCCAAUUGAUAUUUAAUACUUCUUUAUUUUCUCAAAGAAUAUAAAUAUACUUAAUGAUACCUAUUUUUCAAAGCAUGUUGGUAGUCACUGUAUCUUUUUUCAUCAUCCAAAACUAAAACAUUCUUCACAAAUUACUAACUGAAUAUUUUAAUUUCCCCCAAAUGAAGUUGUCAUUGGGCCUAGUUUGUAAAUUGCAGGUUUUUCAGGAAAUCAUGUCAUAUCCCUCAUAUGAAAGUUUCCUAAGCAAGGCUUAUGGAAACACUUCUUUCAAUAUCUUUGUCAACCAUAAGUUUAUUAAAGUACAAGAAAAAUGUCAAGACUUAUUGCUCAUUUGUACUAUACUAUAACAGUAUGAAAUACUCUAUCAAUACUAUAUCAUGUUAUAUCAUGGUAUAUGAAGUCCUUUGAUGUAUUGGAUAUUUUAUCAAACAUGAUAAAAAUACAAAUAAGAAUAAUGCAUGCUUGACAUUGGUAGAUGUCUCAAGAUGGAUGUUUUGUUUGACAACAUCAUUGCUUUAAUUGCUAUUCCAAAGAUAAAGUGUUAUUACUUUUAAAACAGUUUUAAGUUUUUCUGAAAAUUUUUACCUACUUUUGUAUAUUUUUAGAAUAUUUUGUCUCGUAAUUGCCUUGAUAUGUGAGACUACACAUAAUUAUAAUUCCAUACAAUCUGUCCCAAAAGUUGUACCUGUAUAAACUUUGAAAUAUUUUUUAUAAUGCCACCUGCGAUAGGGGGGUGACAAUUAUCAUUGUCAAAACAACUCUUCUUGUGCCAUACCUUUUUAGAUGAGGAAAAAAAAUCUUUUUAGGAUUGUACAUGAAGUCAAACAUUUUAAUUGUACAUCUUUAGUAGCAAUGCCCUUUUGUAAUUGUAUGCUCUUUUUAAUACCUAUCUGUAUUUUAUCUGUAUUUAUAAUUUUAUAUAAUUCUUCUUUCAGGCUCCACUUGUUCACCAACUGUGUGUUUGUGUGCUUUAUGUGAUCUUCGUCUAUCUGGGUUUUUUUUUUCAUUUCUCAUGUUAUAUGUUUACUGAAUAUAUUCUUCAUAAUGAAAUGAAAUAUUAAUGAAUUAGUGAACUGCCUGGAAUCAUGCCAAGUAAAGAUGCUACUGGCAAUAAUGAUAUUUGUAAAAGGGGUUGGUAAUGAACCUCAAAAUCUAACCCUUUUUUAAAAAGGGGGUCAUCAUUUGUCUCGACUUUUCAAUUUUGAAAAUUAUUAUUCAAACUCGAGUGUGGUAAGAAACCCGAUGUGAUGUAUUAUGUUGAAAUAUUUGUGUAUUUGUGCAUUAAUUGAAAGAAAUUGAGAGUUUUAUUUUUCUGUUUAUGUAUGUAUGGAUAUUAUAUUUCUGAUAUAUCACCCUAGUAUUUAAAUUCUGUGAAAUGUACAUGAUGUAUGUAUUUUGAUUUAUUUACAACAAAUAUAUUGCAUUAUAGACAUUAUGCAUAGUUCUGUACUUCAAUCAUAAUACACAUACACACAAACAUAAGAUAUUUGUAAUUUUGUGUUUUAACAUGGAAAUGGUUGAAUAAACAAAUAUUAUCACGUCUCCUGUGAUAUGAACUGU